CUGAAAAAUAACUUUGUCUCGUUCUCAUUGAGGCAAACAUCUGCAUCAAGAUGCUUUUCCUGAAAGCAUUAAUGUCAGUUUGAGGAACAGGACAAGCAACAAGAAAACAGCCCGCCUCUUUAUGUUGAAAUCAACCUUCCUGGGUCACACAUCAAGUACGGACAUUGCAGAGCUUCAGUCAUACGCACCAUGAAGACCUUUACCUUGAUAACUGCUUUAAGUCUCUGCAGCAUUAGCUGGAUCUCUGUCUCAGUGUCUGAGUCUCAGGUUGUGGAGGUCCAGUCUGGUGAAGAAGUCACACUGCAGUGCUCCAAUAUAUUAAAACAUGACUCUGUAACUUUCUGGUUGAGACUUGUCAACAGAACCAAGAUCUACUGUAUCUCUGUUAAGAUCGGGUCUAACAGCGAAGUUAAAUUCUGUGAUGGUGUUCAGAAGGGAAAAUUUGAAAUGAGCUCCAACAUCUCUACUGUCUCUCUGAACAUCAAACAAGUGGAUUCAUCAGACUCUGGACUGUAUUUCUGUGGAUUCUACACAAGUGCAUGUCUACUUUUCAGUGAGAUACAUUUAAAAGUUAAAGGCAGUGAUGAUGGAUCACAUGAUGACGUGGACGACACAUCUAAAAAAUGUGAGUGUGAGUCUGAUGGAAUAACAAAGUUGACGAGUGUGAUCCUGGCUGGUCUGACUGUUUUCCUUGUAAUGGUCAUCAUUGGUCUGCUGGUUAAAAUCAGGAAACUUAAGACAGCUGAAGAAGAACAGAAUCCACAACCAAGUGAGAAUCAGGCCUCUGAUCAGCUGAACUACGCUGCAGUCACAUUUCAAGCAAAAAGAAAAAGAAAGGUGGUGGAGCCAAAUGUAGUGUAUGCUGCCACCAGAUAGACUCAGGAAACAACUGGAACUGAUGCUUCAUCAUAUUAAUCUGCUUUGGGGCUUUUGUGUGUUGUUGUUACUGAGAGGAAUAACAUCUCUUGCCAACAAAAAAAUC